AUGACACCAUCAUCAUCCUUGGCGGAAAAAGUGGCCACGUUUGCCUCGGUGACCGGAGUGGAAGAUCAGAGCACGUCCCGACGGAUCUUAAAGAGAUACAAAUGGGACAUCGACAGAUCCGUGGACGCGUUUUUCAGCGGCACGUACGAGAAAGAAAUCGAAGGCGUUUCCGAUGCGGAGAUUGAUGAGAAAACUGGGGAGUUGAUUCAACGACCAACCCGCGAACAAGAACAAGAAGACAAAGAACAAGAAGACAAAGAAGAAGAAGAAAGAAUGACCAUAGAAGACGAUAGCGCGAGUGAAUAUAACACGGGAGAGGACGACCCAGAUUUUGUGGAAAUCGAUAGCGAUGAAGAGAUGGAGCGAUUGAUUAUGAACCCGCGAGACGAACGGGAGAGGGAGCGAGCGGAGAGACAGAUUGUCGAUUUGACCGGGAGCACGCCGCGGCCCGCAAAUUUACCAGUUGGAAGUGGAGAUCACAGACAUUCGGCGAGGCGGGCGCUUGAACAGGCGCGGGCUACGGCGGUAGGAGACGGAGGACGAGCGAAUGGGGAUUUGUCUCACAUGAUGCGCGGAGAAGCGGCGAACCGCGGCGAAGGAGACCAGGACGAGUUUAUUUUACCGGAUGGCAUCGAUUUGGAAGAGGCGAAACAGUUAGAAGCAGCCAUGUUUGGCGUCGCGUACGAAGCACCAGAGGCGAGGCGGCCGAUUGAUCCGUCGCAAUCGCUACCGUUUGUCGAUAUGAACGCGUCGGAGGACGUGUUGCGCAAUAGAUUCGAAAAAUACGAGCAAGAUGCGGCGUUUCAAGAGUCUUUGAGAUUAGAUCGAGAAAAGGAAACGAAGAGAGUUUUGGAAGAGCACAAAAAAAUAUUGGAGAAAGAAGAAGCAGAAGCGAAAGAAAAGAAGAGACGCGUCGAAGCGGAAAGGCACAUCGAAGAGGCGAAAUCGACUUUAGAAGAGGAGCCGGUCGCGGGAACGCCGGACGUGGUGACUAUUCGAUUGACGUUCCCAAACGGCGCAAAAUUGCAGAGGCGUUUUUUGAAAGCGCACGCGUUGAAAAAUAUGUUCGCGUUUAUCGAUUCGAACUCCACCGCGGAACCGGAAGGUGGACCACACAAGGUUUUACCGAAAACGUAUCGAUUAGUAGCACACCAUCCAAGAAGAGAGAUAGAGUAUAGCAGCGAAGGUACAAUCGGGAGCAUGACGAGUAGUAGCAUGGAGGCGUUUUUCGUCGAGCUUUUACCCGAUGUAUAG